GCCGCCGCCGCCGCCGCCGCCUCCUCCUCGGUGCGGUUCCUCCAGGUUCGAGCGGCGGCCGCUGAGGAGCCCUCCGCCGGCGAACAAAGAGGAGGCCGGCAGGGCGGGGGCGUCUGCGGCGAGCAUGGCGGACCGCAGCCUGGAAGGCAUGGCUCUGCCGCUGGAGGUGAGGGCCCGGCUGGCCGAGCUGGAGCUGGAGCUGUCGGAAGGUGACAUUACACAAAAGGGAUAUGAAAAGAAGAGGUCAAAAUUAAUUGGAGCCUACCUUCCCCAGCCUCCAACAGCGAAUGGAGCUGCCGUGGUUCGGUGUAGACUGCAGCCCGGUGAAGGCGUACCGAGGAGACCGUUCCGCUCUGCCCACAUCGGGGUGUGCGACAUCCGAGAAGCUGCGGCCAGGGAGCGGGCGGCCAGUGCAGCGGGGAAUCGGCCUCUGUUUUACUUUCGUUUCGGAGUGGACCAAGCUUUGCCUCAAGAGCGAAGGGCACCUGUCACUCCUUCCUCAGCCUCUCGAUACCACCGUCGAAGAUCCUCAGGCUCUCGAGAUGAACGUUAUAGGUCAGAUGUUCAUACAGAAGCUGUCCAGGCAGCUCUUGCUAAACACAAAGAAAGGAAGAUGGCAGUGCCCAUGCCUUCCAAACGAAGAUCCCUGGUUGUACAGACGUCCAUGGAUGCCUACACACCCCCAGAUACCUCUUCCGGUUCAGAAGACGAAGGCUCAGUGCAGGGUGAUUCCCAGGGAACCCCGACCUCUAGCCAGGGCAGCAUCAACAUGGAGCAUUGGAUCAGCCAGGCCAUCCAUGGCUCUACUACAUCAACCACAUCCUCCUCCUCUACUCAAAGUGGGGGCAGUGGGGCAGCGCACCGGCUGGCAGACGUCAUGGCCCAGACACACAUAGAAAAUCAUUCUGCACCUCCUGAUGUAACCACAUACACCUCAGAACACUCAAUACAAGUGGAAAGGCCGCAGGGCUCUACCACAUCCCGGACAGCACCAAAGUAUGGAAAUGCUGAGCUCAUGGAGACUGGGGAUGGUGUACCAGUAAGUAGCCGAGUAUCAGCAAAAAUUCAGCAACUUGUCAAUACUCUUAAACGACCGAAGAGGCCCCCAUUACGGGAAUUCUUUGUUGAUGACUUUGAGGAAUUGUUAGAAGUUCAACAACCAGAUCCAAACCAGCCAAAGCCAGAGGGUGCCCAGAUGCUGGCCACAAGAGGGGAGCAGUUGGGAGUGGUCACAAACUGGCCACCCUCUUUAGAAGCUGCAUUACAGCGAUGGGGGACCAUCUCACCAAAGGCCCCCUGCCUGACUACCAUGGACACAAAUGGAAAACCCUUGUACAUCCUCACUUACGGCAAACUAUGGACAAGAAGUAUGAAGGUUGCUUACAACAUUCUACAUAAAUUAGGUACAAAGCAAGAACCUAUGGUACGGCCUGGAGACAGGGUGGCACUGGUGUUCCCCAACAAUGACCCUGCUGCUUUCAUGGUGGCCUUCUAUGGUUGCCUUCUGGCUGAAGUUGUUCCUGUCCCCAUUGAAGUGCCACUCACAAGAAAGGAUGCAGGGAGCCAGCAGAUAGGUUUCUUGCUUGGAAGCUGUGGAGUAACUGUUGCCUUGACUAGUGAUGCCUGUCACAAAGGACUUCCAAAAAGCCCAACAGGAGAGAUCCCACAGUUCAAAGGUUGGCCAAAGCUGCUAUGGUUUGUCACAGAAUCAAAACACCUCUCUAAACCUCCUCGAGACUGGUUUCCACACAUCAAAGAUGCAAAUAACGACACAGCUUAUAUUGAGUAUAAGACGUGUAAAGAUGGAAGCGUUCUUGGGGUGACUGUGACGAGGAUAGCACUUCUGACACACUGCCAGGCACUCACACAGGCCUGCGGCUAUACAGAAGCUGAAACAAUUGUGAAUGUUCUAGACUUCAAAAAGGAUGUGGGGCUCUGGCAUGGCAUAUUGACAAGUGUCAUGAACAUGAUGCAUGUCAUCAGCAUCCCGUACUCGCUGAUGAAGGUAAACCCUCUCUCCUGGAUCCAGAAGGUCUGCCAGUACAAAGCAAAAGUGGCUUGUGUGAAAUCAAGAGACAUGCACUGGGCACUUGUAGCACAUAGAGAUCAGAGAGAUGUCAACCUGUCCUCCCUUCGCAUGUUAAUAGUGGCUGACGGAGCAAAUCCCUGGUCUAUUUCUUCUUGUGAUGCAUUUCUCAAUGUCUUCCAGAGUAAAGGCCUUCGACAGGAGGUCAUCUGUCCCUGUGCCAGCUCACCAGAGGCCCUCACUGUGGCAAUCCGGAGGCCCACAGAUGACAGCAACCAGCCACCAGGGCGAGGUGUGCUAUCUAUGCAUGGGCUGACCUAUGGUGUGAUCCGUGUGGAUUCAGAGGAGAAGCUAUCUGUGCUCACAGUGCAGGAUGUUGGCCUUGUCAUGCCUGGAGCCAUCAUGUGUUCAGUGAAGCCAGAUGGGAUUCCUCAGCUAUGCAGGACAGAUGAAAUUGGGGAGCUCUGUGUCUGUGCAGUUGCCACAGGAACCUCAUAUUAUGGUCUCUCUGGCAUGACCAAGAACACCUUUGAGGUAUUUCCCAUGACGAGCUCCGGGGCUCCAAUCAGUGAAUACCCAUUCAUAAGGACAGGUUUGCUGGGAUUUGUUGGUCCUGGGGGCCUCGUCUUUGUGGUGGGUAAGAUGGAUGGUCUGAUGGUAGUCAGUGGACGAAGACACAAUGCCGAUGACAUUGUAGCCACAGCCUUGGCUGUAGAACCCAUGAAGUUUGUCUACAGAGGAAGGAUAGCUGUGUUCUCCGUGACUGUCCUUCAUGAUGAAAGGAUAGUGAUUGUGGCUGAGCAGAGGCCGGACUCCACAGAGGAAGACAGUUUUCAGUGGAUGAGCAGAGUGCUCCAGGCAAUUGACAGUAUACAUCAAGUUGGAGUUUAUUGCCUGGCCCUGGUACCAGCAAAUACCCUUCCCAAAACUCCACUUGGUGGCAUCCAUUUGUCAGAAACAAAGCAGCUUUUCCUGGAGGGCUCUCUCCACCCUUGCAAUGUCCUGAUGUGCCCACACACCUGUGUCACAAAUUUACCCAAACCGCGGCAAAAGCAGCCAGAAAUUGGCCCUGCCUCUGUGAUGGUGGGAAACCUGGUGUCUGGGAAGAGGAUUGCCCAGGCUAGUGGCAGAGACCUGGGUCAGAUAGAGGACAAUGACCAGGCCCGGAAGGUGAGAACCGAGUUCCUGUUCCUCUCAGAGGUCUUACAAUGGAGAGCACAGACCACCCCGGACCACCUGCUCUACACAUUGCUCAAUUGUCGGGGAACAAUAGCCAACUCCUUGACGUGUGUUCAACUUCACAAGCGUGCAGAGAAGAUAGCUGUGAUGCUGAUGGAAAGGGGCCACCUGCAGGAUGGAGACCAUGUCGCAUUAGUCUACCCUCCAGGAAUAGACCUUAUUGCUGCGUUUUAUGGUUGCCUGUAUGCAGGCUGCGUGCCAAUCACCGUGCGACCUCCACAUCCACAGAACAUUGCAACAACAUUGCCUACAGUCAAGAUGAUCGUAGAGGUGAGUCGCUCUGCUUGUCUCAUGACAACACAACUAAUUUGUAAACUGCUACGGUCCAGGGAGGCGGCAGCAGCUGUAGAUGUCAGGACAUGGCCCCUCAUACUGGACACAGAUGAUUUGCCAAAGAAGCGGCCUGCCCAGAUCUACAAACCUUCCAACCCAGACACACUGGCUUACCUUGACUUUAGUGUGUCCACAACCGGGAUGCUAGCUGGUGUAAAGAUGUCUCAUGCAGCCACCAGUGCCUUUUGCCGUUCUAUUAAGCUGCAGUGUGAGCUUUACCCUUCUAGAGAAGUGGCCAUCUGCUUGGACCCUUACUGUGGGCUUGGGUUUGUCCUCUGGUGUCUCUGCAGUGUGUACUCAGGGCAUCAGUCCAUAUUGAUUCCACCCUCUGAACUGGAGACCAACCCUGCCUUGUGGCUUCUUGCUGUGAGUCAGUACAAAGUCCGGGAUACCUUCUGUUCCUAUUCAGUGAUGGAGCUUUGCACCAAGGGGUUGGGCUCACAAACUGAGUCCCUCAAGGCACGAGGACUGGACUUGUCCCGGGUAAGAACGUGUGUGGUUGUGGCAGAAGAGCGUCCCCGAAUUGCCCUUACACAGUCUUUCUCAAAGCUCUUUAAGGACUUGGGCCUCCACCCACGGGCUGUUAGCACUUCCUUUGGCUGUAGAGUGAACCUGGCAAUUUGCUUACAGCCCCACAGGCUGUGGACACUGGUUGAGCAGGUAGGGGACUUUUCUCUUCAUCACACCAAUGCAUACUCACCUCCUUACCUCCUACCUUUCUAGCUUCCAACAUGGGGACAGCCUGGAAGUGCAGUGCAGAAAUUGACAGGUGUUUUGUAGACCUAUGGAUGAGGUACCACCUAGAGUAGAUGGUGCAUUAUUAUGAAUUUAAUCAUUGGUUCCCUUGCUGAUUGGCUCUACCUCCAUUUCCCACCACUGUCCACUUUUCAGAACAUGUUUUGUGCCUUGCUUGUUUUUAAUUGACCACCUAUGGUUUUGAAUUUCACAUUGUUCACUACAUUGGACAAUGUUUCACUACCUGCAACUCCAGUGAAUAAUUACAAGGUAGAAAGAACAUUAUUUUUAGAUCACUGUCACUGUAAGCAUCUAAAUCUUACUUGCAUGUGUUUUGCUUUUUCCUGCUGUCAGUGAUGGGACCCCACUGGCCACUGUUACUGAGAGUUAGAACAAAAAAGUAGUGAUUUGUUUUGUUUUUAGGCAGGGUCUCACUAUGUAACCCUAGCUUGCCUGGAACUUAAAAGUACCCAC